AUGACAUUGUUAGAACUAGCCAAGAAAUUAUCAGUAUGCAUUCUCAAAGAGAAUAAAAAGACAGAAUAUACUUUAUUUCAUGUCUUAAUUCCCAAAACUGUUCUGACUGUAACAGCCAAUACUAUUCUAUCAAAU